GAAACAGCAGCAGCCUGCUUAGAAGCCGCGGCAGCAAGCCCACCUCCGCGUACGGCUCCCCCCAUGACAGCGGCAAUAUGGAGACGACUUAAUGGGUUGCCGGCCUUGGGACACCCAGACUCCAAGCCCAGCACCAAGUCCAACAUGCUUCGAGGCCGCAUCCCUGCAACCUCCGCCGACGAGCAGCCCCACAUCGGGAACUACCGCCUGCUGAAGACCAUCGGCAAGGGCAAUUUUGCCAAAGUCAAGCUGGCGCGUCACGUUUUGACGGGGAAAGAGGUGGCUGUGAAAAUAAUCGACAAGACGCAGUUGAAUUCCUCCAGCUUACAGAAGCUCUUCCGGGAAGUGCGAAUAAUGAAGGUUCUGAAUCACCCAAAUAUAGUUAAAUUAUUUGAAGUCAUAGAGACGGAUAAGACGCUGUACCUCGUCAUGGAGUAUGCCAGCGGAGGCGAAGUCUUUGACUACUUAGUGGCUCAUGGAAGAAUGAAAGAGAAGGAAGCGCGGGCAAAAUUCCGACAGAUAGUUUCUGCUGUGCAGUACUGUCACCAAAAAUUCAUUGUACAUAGAGACUUGAAGGCAGAAAAUCUGCUCUUAGAUGCCGACAUGAACAUCAAGAUUGCAGACUUCGGUUUCAGCAACGAAUUCACGUUCGGCAACAAGCUUGACACGUUCUGCGGGAGCCCCCCGUACGCCGCGCCCGAAUUGUUCCAGGGCAAGAAGUACGACGGACCGGAGGUGGACGUCUGGAGCCUCGGGGUUAUCCUUUACACACUGGUCAGCGGCUCCCUGCCCUUCGACGGGCAGAACCUCAAGGAGCUGCGAGAACGGGUUUUGAGGGGGAAGUAUCGCAUCCCCUUCUACAUGUCCACGGACUGUGAGAACCUGCUGAAAAAAUUCCUCAUCCUGAACCCUAGCAAGAGAGGCACUUUAGAGCAAAUCAUGAAAGACCGCUGGAUGAAUGUGGGUCACGAGGACGAUGAAUUGAAGCCUUACGUGGAACCUCUGCCAGAUUACAAGGACCCUCGGCGGACAGAACUCAUGAUUUCUAUGGGGUACACCCGGGAAGAAAUUCAAGAGUCCUUAGUCAGCCAGAAAUAUAAUGAAGUGAUGGCGACGUACCUGCUGCUAGGUUACAAAAACUCAGAGCUCGACAACGACAGCAGCACCCUCAAACCUCGCCCCCAGCCUGAGCUCGCCAACAGCACGGUCCCCUCCCCUUCGCACAAGGUACAGCGCAGCGUCUCCGCCAACCCCAAGCAGCGCCGCUUAAGUGAUCAGGUACCCAACAUCCCGACGUCCACGUCUUACUCCAAGAAAACGCAGGCAGCCAACGCUGAGAACAAGAGGCCCGAAGAGGAGAGGGAGGCCGGGCGCAGCAAGGCCGGGAGCACCGUCAAAGUGCCUGCCAGCCCCCUGCCCAGCCUGGAGAGGAAGAAAAGCACUCCUAUGCCCUCCACGGUCAGUGCCCUAAGACUCCUCCCACCCACGGACUUAUCUGGGAUGGUCGGUGGGGCCCGCCGCAGAUUUCAUCCGCCAGCCCGCUUCACCCCCUAUUUCCCCUCUCCUCUCCUCCUUCCCCCCCACCCUCAUUUUCUCUCCUUGGUUUGGACUCCUUGGCUUCUCCCUGGCUUGAUUUUAUUUUUUCUCCCCCUCCCCGCCAGCCUAACCACUCCGGGCUCCAGGGCCUCUACCGCCUCCGCUUCCGCCGCCGUGAGCUCCGCGCGCCCGCGCCAGCACCAGAAAUCCAUGUCCGCCUCGGUGCACCCCUCCAAGCCCACGCUGCCCCCCACCGACAAUCACUGCGAGGCCCAGCGACCUAGCACGGCCCCCCAGCGGGCUCCCGUGGCCUCCCCUUCCGCCCACAACAUCAGCAGCGCCCUCCCCGAGCGCACCAACUUCCCGCGAGGCAUACAGAGCCGCAGCACUUUCCAUGCCGGGCAGCUCCGGCCGGUCCGUGACCAACCAAACCUCUCCUACGGCCUGACACCCGCCUCGCCUUCCGGCAACAGCCAAGGCCGAAGAGGAGCUUCGGGCAGCCUCUUCAGCAAGUUCACCUCCAAGUUCGUACGCAGAAAUCUGUCUUUCAGGUUUGCCAGAAGGAACCUGCAUGAGCCCGAAAACAAAGACCGCGUGGAGACCCUCAGGCCUCACAUGAUGGGUAGCGGCGGCGGGGGCGAGAAAGACCGGGACGAGAACCGGGACGCCAAGCCGCGGUCACUGCGUUUCACCUGGAGCAUGAAGACCACCAGCUCCAUGGAGCCCAACGAGAUGAUGAAAGAGAUUCGGAAGGUGCUGGACGCGAACAGUUGCCAGUGCGAGUUGCAGGAGAAAUACAUGCUUUUGUGCAUGCACGGGGCGCCGGGCCACGAAGCUUUCGUGCAGUGGGAGAUGGAAGUUUGCAAACUGCCCCGCCUCUCGCUCAACGGCGUCCGCUUCAAGCGGAUAUCGGGCACUUCCAUGGCCUUCAAGAACAUUGCCUCCAAAAUCGCCAACGAACUCAAGCUUUAACGGGGCCCAACCCCGGGGAGAAAGAGGGGGGUGGGAGGGGGGCGCCUGGCCUGCACACACGCGCGACCGGAGGUGGGAGUAUCAGGAGGAAGAGAGCCGCGACUUCGCUUUUGAGAGGGGUUAUGCAGGCAAAAGGGGGUGGGUAGGGCAAGAGGGAGGGAAGGUGGGGGGGUAUACCCCCCCCACUCACAUGCCUCUCCAUCUCCCCGCGCCCCCCCCUCCCACUGAUGGAUCUCCAUGGAGACAGGGUGCGUGGGAUUGUGGUUGGCAGCCACCUAGCUGGUCUCCGUGGCAACAGGAACGGGAGGGUACCAAGGGCUGUCUGUCGGAUGAGGAAGCAUCCCUUUUGGUCUCCGUGGCGACCGUGGUACUUUUUCUUCCUCCUUUUUUUUUUUUCUUCUUCCUUCCUUCCUUCUCCCCCUCCCCCCUUUUUUUCCCCUCCUUUCCUUCUUGUACACGAGACAGGGUUUGCCAUGCUACCAAACUGCAACAGAAAAGCAGGGACUCUUUCCCCCUCCCUGGUGAGCGGGGGGGGGGGGGC